UACUUAUAUAAAAUAUUCUAAAAAUUUUCCUUUUUCUGUGACACUUAAUAAGGAGAUAUAAAAUGACGAUGCAAUAGGAAUCCUAGUAAUGAUUAAGCUUAUGCAUCCGCAGCGACAUAUUUCUACCAAUACACCAAAAGCUAAAUUAUUAUUUCUUUCACAAAUAUCAUUUUUUAAAUGAUAACAUAAUCAUACUUAAAGAUUUCAUAUAUGUAUAAUUACCAAGGAGUUUGUACAAUUGAUGCACACUGUUUGCAAUUUAAGUUGAAUUUAUAAAUAAAACAUCAAUUAAGUUUUUCAAUGACGUAAGGUAACGGGUUUAUUAGUGCAAUAAUAACAAUUGCAACCUUCGAUGUAUUAUUUUAUUUUAAUAUCGGGUAUCUUGGUAUCUUUGAAAUUAGUCAUAUCCUUAGUCAUUAGUAGCCUUUUUGAAUAACUAUGCAUUAUUAGUACGUCUCAGCAAUUACUUAUUAUUACAUUACAUACCGCAUAGUGUAAAUAAUAGAUUAAGGAGCUCCAUGGUUACUCCAUGACUAACAUACGACCGAUUAACACUCUAUACUUUGUCGCAGCAACUGCUCGCAGUAUUAUUGCAUAUCGCAUAUAAACUGACACUUGUUAAGUGUAAAUGAAAAAAAAAGAGUUUAUUUCUAUUUACGUAUAUGUAGUGGAAAAAUAAUCUUAAGAAUUCAAUCUAAAAGAAGGAUUUUGUAAUCCUGUUCGUAUUACAAGUGCGUCAAUAACGUGAUUAACAAUUUCUAGGCUGAUAUUUAUAAGGUUUAAACUAUUGUUCGUCUAAAACAUUGUUAAUCAGUAUGUUGAUAAAUUUUCAAAAACAAGUGAACAGCAAAAUGCAAAAAAGGUGGCAGCUCUUUUAUGCCACAGAUUUUCAAAGUUUGAUGUAUCCCUGCUUUACAUUGUGCCGCAUUGUCGGAACAUUUCCAUACAACGUUACCAAUUCGGUCUUCGAGACUUCAAAACCGCUUUAUACCUUAUCGAUUAUAAUUACCUGUGCAUUAUGUGCUUUACAUCUGAGAAUACUGUAUCAGUACGAUUUUUUUAAGAUUUUUACAAAGUUUGAAGACAUAACCGCGUCUCUUGAAAUAGGCACCUAUUGUAUAUUGGCUGGUUUUAUAGCUAUCGUCACACUCAUCUUGAGCAGGCUGCGAAUGCGCUUGCUACAAACCGUAAUGCAGAUCUCUUCGAGAUUGUCUCCAGAGCCUUACCAGAAGUUAUCAAGAUUAAUUCACUCCAAAGACAUCUUUGGUACCUCCUGUUUAAUGUGCGCCAAUUUUCGAUUUUAUUUCAUCACAGGCGUAAAUAGCUUGGAAAUGAUAGUUUUCCUAUAUACAGAUUUACUGUUGUUUACAAUGGACAUGCUGUAUAUAAAUUGUGUUUGCAUAUUGAAGGCCUGUUACAAGGAUAUUAACAAUAGACUUCUACAUAUACAAGAAUUUACAAUAAACAAAGAACUGCAUGUUACCAUAUCUCAUUACGAGCAGACAAAUCCACUCUUGAUUAUGAAAAUUAAGUCUCUGCAAAAGCAAUAUCUGAUGAUCAACGAGACAGUACAGAAGUUGAACAUAAUUUUCAGUUUGCAACUUCUUGCUACAAUAGCACUUGGGUUUACUGAAAUCAUUUUAGGACUGUACUAUUACUUCAACGUAAUUCAAUGGUAUGAUAAAGUUAUGAAUUCGAAUGAUCAAAUCACUAACAUGUUCUUAAUGAUCAUAACAUAUCAUAUUACAAAGUUAACAUUUGUUGUGUGGGCUUGCGAAACUGGCAAGAAUCAAGCUCAAAAGAUCCGUACUACGAUUCAUGAUGUACUUAAUAGUAGCAGAAAUGAGCAAAUAAAAAAUGAGGUAAACAUGCAAUAUGAUUUAUAUAUUUUUCUUAUAACAUACGAUACUAUACUAUUAUGAUUUUUAUGUGUGAUAUCUACUUAAGCAUAAUUAAAUCUUCCAACCAUAUGACACUGUUACAAUUUAACAUUACAGUUGCAGUUGUUUUCCUUACAAAUAUUGCAUGGGGGAAAUACAUUUUCUGCCAAAGCUUUCAAUGUGGACGCAACGUUCCUCACUGCUGUGAGUAAUCGAUCGGUUGUUUUAAUUAAUUUAAAAAAAUUUAACAUGUUUUAUAUUGUCCUUUUAGAUGGUGGGUACCAUCACUACAUAUAUGUUAAUUGUGCUACAGUUCUUGAAGAUAUCACAGUCUUGCGAUGAAAGAUCUGCAAUUAAUAUUUCAUAAAUAAUGUAAUUCCACAAUGCAUGAUUUUGUUUUAUUGACGGAUAUCUUGACAUCUUUAAAAUUAGUCAUCAUUAGUCAUUAGUAGUCUUUUUUAAUAAAUAUGCAUUAUUAAUACGUCUCAGCAAUUGUAUAUU